CGCGUGUCUCUCAACGCACGUCACGUUGCCAGAGUUGUGGUCUGCCUGCAGUGAAACACUUUAAAUGACAUCUGAAGGUGUAGUGGUACCUAUGUUAAUGGAAGCUGUACCUUCAUCCUCUGUGAAGCACAAUGAGUCUGGCUCUUCAUGAUCUCCUGGUCUGCUGUAGGGGGCUGGAGAAUGACAAAGCUACAGAGAGAAAGAAAGAAGCUGAACAUUUCAGACGCCUCCUUCGCACUCCUGAAACUGUGCAAGAAUUGGACCGUAACUCGGGACCUAGAGCUGCUAAAGGCUCUAAGCAGCUCACAUGGGAUGCUGUUUUCAGGUUUUUGCAGCGUUAUGUCCAGAAGGAGACGGAAAGCAUGCAGUCAAGUAAAGCUAGUGUUACAGCAACGACAUUAGCCACACGGCAGAAGAAGAUGGCGGAAACAUGUAGUCUGAUCAAAUAUUUCAUUCGCUGUGCUAACAAACGGGGUCCUCGUUUGAAGUGCAGUGAGCUGAUGAAGCAUGUGAUGGAGGUACUGCAGAGUUCAUACAGCUGUUCAGCCUAUGGAGAAAGUUAUAGCAGCCUCCUAAUAAAGGACAUCCUCUCUGUCCGCAAGUACUGGUGUGACAUCACGCCCCAACAGUGGCGCAUUCUUUUGGACUUUUACUGUGGCUUGUUCACUUCUUCUUCCAAGUCCAUCAACCGUGUUUUGGUGAGCAGAGUCAUCCACAUGCUGGUGCAGGGCUGCUCCAUGCAGACAGAUGGAUUCAACAACAGUUUAUUUAGCUUCUUCUCCAAAUCAUUGCUUAAUGCCAGGCAGGAGAAACACUUGACUGUUUUGGAACACCUCAUCUCUGCACUCAACAUCUUCUUGAAAUCUGCUGCCAUGAACUGUCGUAUGAGGGCCUGUCGACUUGGAGAGGAGAUUCUGCCUUCUAUACUGUACGUCUGGGCAGAUUUGAGGCCUAGUGCCACUCUGAGGGAAAACAUUAUGAAGUUCUUCAACCUGCAGGUUUGCAUCCACCAUCCCAAAGGAGCCAAGACACAGGACACAGGUGCUCAUGCUGAGGACUGGACGAAGUGGCAGAGUAUGCUGUACAACCUGUAUGAUGCCGUUGUCAGAGAAAUCAGCCACAUAGGCAGCAGAGGGAAGUAUGCUACAGGGACACGACACAUAGCCGUCAAAAACAGCCUUAUCAAGCUCGCAGCCGACAUCUGUCAUCAGCUGUUCAGUGAGGAUGGUGACACCCACAGUUUGGAUGUGAGCCAGGGUCCUGUUAUAGGCACCCAGAUGGGCAGUCCCACUCAUGGAGCUGCCAGCAAGCGUCGACGCGUUGAAUUGAACUGGGAGGUCCUCAGGGACCAUCUGCAACCUCACCAUAGUGACUUUGACAUCAUACCUUGGCUCCAGAUCACUGCUGCAUUAACAUCUAAAUACCCGUCCAUGGUGCCUGACAGUGAGCUGGUGCCACUGCUGUCAGUGCUGUACCAGCUCCUAGGAGGACAGAGAAAAGGAGAGCGCGCACCAUAUGUACUGCGCUGCCUUCAAGAGCUAGCCCGAUGUCAGACCUGCUCCCCAGUGAGGGCUCAGGUCCACGGGACAGAGCUGUGCAGGCUGUGGGGUCGAGUGUGGGCUCUGACACUGCGAGGGGUCAGUUCACCGAACACAGAAGCCCUCAGCCUGGGUCUUCUUGCCUUCAUUGUCCGUGGUGGACUAAUCAGUAUGGACAGAGAGUUCUGGAAGCUGUUCUCUGGUUCAGUGUGCAAACCCUCCCAGAGUGCUGUAUUGUGUCUAGCCCAGGCACUUAUGAAGACUUCUGUUCCUAAGACUCUGAUCCCAAACUCAGACUGGGACCGCCUGGGAGUCCUAGAAGGAUCUGCACUAAUGACUGUAAAGGAGACUCUGAUAGCCUGGCUGCUGAUGACUGAUCAGAGCGAUGAGAUGGAGGAAUGUUCCCGACCUCACCCCAUCAUUUGCAGAGACUUUUCUUUGAAUCUCAUUGCAAUGAUCCUGGUCUCCCUCACUUUAAAAGACACCAAAGCUGGCCUCAAAUUUCUACUCGGUACUAAUGAAGUAGAGAGUACCCUGUCUCAGGAACAAGUGCCUGUCGAUGCAAAAGAGGACCUGGAUGAGCUUGAAAGUCUGCACUUGCAGUUCAGCUUCAACACCGUGCCCUCAGACGUCCGUAGGCCCAACGAGUCUGUCAAGUUGGUAUCAAAUGAUGGUCGAUUUGCUGCUGUCCCUGGUCUUCGAAAUAAGAUGGAGCAAUCUCUGCUUAAUGUGGCUGACAAUUUACUCAACUGCUACUCUCCUGAUUCUCAGUUCACACCUCCAGAAUGUCUGGUGCGCUGUUUCAGUCUGCUGACUGGUGUUCUAGCAGGUCACAUCUCCACUGGCUUCUUUUCUGUGGAGGAGGCAUGUCGCUCGCAGCUCUUCUCUAAAGCCAAGGCUGUGGCCCAGGACUUCAGUGGAUUUAUAUCUAGUGUGAAAGUGAAGAUGACUGAAGAAAGAACAGUGACCACACUGAGGUCCACUGUGAAGCUCUGCACGGAGUCAAUCAGCAGAAGAAACAAAGAUGAUGUUAGUCUGGUCUCUUCCAGUUUGUUCACAAUGGUUCUCCCUGCAAGUCUCCUCAGUAACCUGGCAGAGAUCUGCAAACUGUUGCUAAGUAGUUCAUCCAGAGGAGUCAGUGCAAUAGAUGAAGACAAUGACAUGGAUGAUGACUGGGAUAUGAGCCGAAAUCAACAAGGUGACAUCGACCUGUUUGAUGAUGGCGAAGAGCCUCACAGUAGCACAAAUGGAACCCACAAACAAACCCAAGAGAACACUGAUGCGUCUUGUGGGCCAGGUGCAAAAAGCCUAUUAGAAGAGAAUCAUCUGGCUCACCAGGACCUGGCUUUCCUUACAAUCUUGGAGUUCCUGUGUCACUGCAGCUCUGUCCAGCCUAGCCACAGCCUCCUUUUUAAACCCCAGGAGGUGCGGCGCCGGCUGCUGCUGCUGCUCAACCAGAUUGACUUCAGCAAAGCCCUGCAUCUCAACAUGUAUCUUGUCCUGUUACGGAAGCUACCAUCUGAUGACUCACUUUCUCCAGAAGAGUUUGAUUCGCUGCUUCGACCUCUAUCAGACCUGUGUUUUCAGUACCGUCAGGACCAAGAGAUUUGCGCUGCUGUGCUGCAUUCUUCAUUGCCGUCCAUAAGAACCCUGGGAAGAACCCGACACACACCGGAGGAACUGAGACAUGUACAUGGAACCCUGCUGCAAGUGCUGUCUGGGUUCUGUGUCUUGGGCCAAACUGGGAAAUGCAUGGUGACUGUGCGAGCGGCUUUAGUGCAAUGUCUAGUUGCCCUGCUAGAGGCGGACCCAUGUUGUAAGUGGGCACAUCUAACCCUGAAGGACGAACAACACCCAGUGUCUUCCAUCCUGUCCUCUCACCUAGCAGAUACCCAUCACCAAGUCCGUAUGCUCGUAGCCAUGUCACUGGAGAGGUUGUUUUUGGAGGUCAGAGCAGAGAAUCCAGAUAAGAGAAAAAUGUUGCCACUUAAGCACCAGCAGGCAGCAUUUAAGGCUGUUUACCUGAAGGCUGAAGAGGGAAUGAGGCUCAGAAAAAGCAGCUCUCCAGACCAGCAAGACGAGACAUUUAAUCGCAAAUGCACCCUGUUGAAGAGUUUGUCCAUGGUGUUGUGUUGUAGCCAAGUCUGUGAAAAACAGGCCCUGUUUGCUCUCUUCCAGUCCUACAAAGAGAACAAUAUAGAGGAGCAGCUCAUCAAAAAGGUGUUGUGUAGUGUAUCCAGAGUGCUGGGCUACAAGAAUGUGAAAACAUUUUUAAAUUUUCACCUGUACUAUUUGGUAACUCAGUGGCUGGCAGAGAGACAGUCUGAUGAUCGCUACACUCUUGGAUCUUUCCCCUACACCCUCCUAAACCAUGACACAGUGAAAGAUUUCUAUAACUGUUCCUACCAGGUGCUGAUUCCCCACCUGGUCUUUCUGGAUGACUUUGAGCAAGUGAAGUCUAUUGGCAGGUGUCUCGAGAAAGACUGGAGAGAGUUGUUGGCAGACUGUUUCCCCAAGAUUAUGGUCAACAUCCUGCCAUACUUUGCUUUGCCUGCUCAGGAUCCACAAGUGGCACAGCAGAGAGAAACGGCCCACAGGGUGUAUGAUGUGCUUAAAGAUACCAACUGUCUAGGUAAACAGCAAAUUGACAGCCUGAUCCACAGUAAUCUAGCAGACAUUGUGGUGGAGCUGCUGUUGACACUGUACGAAGGAAGUGGUGAUGAAGGGGACAAAGACCUGAAAAAAUUUUUAGGAGAACUGGAUCCUGUACCAAACCCACCUUACUUUAGCUCCAGUGUCAUCAAAGCCACUCUGGACUAUCUCACCAAGUGCCACAGUGCCAACCAUAAGUCAGUGGUUGCCAUUCUGUCAAAAACCCCGAUUUCUAUCCAGAGGAUUCUUCUGGCUUUGUGUGAGAGGGCAGCAGAGACAACCAAUGGCUAUGAAUGUCAUCGUAUCCUCCUCAUGUAUCAUCUUUUUGUCAGCUUGCUGCUCAGAGAGGUGAAGGACGGUUUGGGAGGAGCCUGGGCUUUUGUGCUUCGAGAUGUCAUCUACACACUUAUUCACUAUAUCAACAGCAGACCACUUCACUGUGAUGAGGUUUCUAACCGAAGCCUCUCUUUGUGCUGUGACCUUUUGAUCACAGUCUGUCAGGUGGCCUUACAGUUCUGUGAUGACGCUCUGGACUGCCACCUCCAGGUCAUCACUGGCACUCUCAUAGCUCAAGUACCAAUCCGGCCAAUCAUCUCCCAUCAGGUGUUCAGUCUGCUGCAGUUUCUUGUGAUAGAGAAUCAGCAGAAUUUGAAGGAUGCCAUUUGUCGGCUGGAACCAUUCCCUGAUCAGCUUGAAUUUAGAGAACUGCGAUCUGCACAACAUAUGAUCAAAUACAACAACCGGACCUUUUCACUAUGGCAGGAGAUAGCCCACUUCCUCUCAGUGACAUCCUGUGACUCUUUACCUCUGAUCAGACUGGAAGGGCUGAAGCAACUGACCAGACAGCUGCAUGACAACAAAGCACAGAUUAAAGAUCUGCUUAAAGAGUGUCAUGCUGAUCCCACUGAGAGUGUGCUAGUGAAGCUGAUUCUCACUCUGCUGCAACUCUGUAAGCUGGCAGUAAACCACCCUGGAGGAACAGAGAUUUUGGAGGCUGUGGGGAGCUGUGUGGGAGAGUUGGGGCCAGUGGAUUUCUCCACCAUUGCCUUACUCCAUGGAAGAGACCCUCUCUAUGAAAAAGCAGUUAGUCUCUUCACCUCGAGCGAGUCACAGUGCCUUUACAUCAUUCUCAACUGCGUCAAUGAUGCACUCACUCAUAACAGCAUUGAGGUGAAACAAGCAGCAGUUCAGAGUGUGAAGGAUAUUCUCGCCACUCAGUCUGGAGUAGACUUCUGGGAGCAACACAAAAACAACAGAGAUCCAAUGAUGGCAUACUUAAACCCCUUUAGAAAAGCCAAGAAUUUGGAGACUGUUGUGAGUACAAAAGAGACCUCCGAGGCCCGGGGUAGACUGGAGAGCCAGGAGUUUUGGAUUCCUAAGGCAGGAGGCCACAAAGCCUGGCUGAAGGCUUUGUGCACUGUGCUGUUGGACAGCGGAGUGGUCAGAAGUGAAGCUCUGCUGCUUUCAAGACCAUUGUGUCUGGUCACAGAGGACUGUUGUCAAAGGUUGCUGCCUCUCAUUAUCCACUCCAUCCUGCUGGAUGACUCAGAUGGCUCAUGGAGGGAGUUGCUCUCAUCGCACAUUCAGGACUUCUUCACUUUUUGUUCCAGAAGUGUUCAGGCCUCCAGUCGCUCUGCUACACCACUUGCCUAUGACUCUGAAUCAGACACUGCUUGCCAUGGAUUAUACAAUAAGGCCUCUCUACGUACCAUGCUGGCAGUUAUUGACUAUUUAAGGCACCAGCAGAGACCACUGGAGUACAAUAGUUCCUCAUGUGGAACAGUGUGCCACUCAAAUUUCUGGCUUGAAUUGAACUACCUGGUGGUCGCCAAAGCUGCUCAGUCCUGCUCAGCACACUUCACCGCUCUCCUCUACACUGAGAUUUAUGUUGAUAAGAUCAAAGCUAACAUGGAGGAAAGUCGCAGAACCAAGUCCAGAGCGACUCGCAAAAUCAAUUUUGAAGAUAACAGCCAGAACUUCACCAUCUCUAGCAUGACAGAAAAGAGCAUGGAAGACGCAAAUAUCAAUCUGCAGGAGCUGCUGAUUGAGGUGUACCGGAGUAUAGGUGAGCCUGACAGUCUUUAUGGCUGCGGUGGGGAGACUAUGACCAGUCCACUGACCAGAAUUAGAACAUACGAGCAUGAAGCAUUGUGGGGGAAAGCCCUGACCUCAUAUGACCUUCACUCAACUUUGCCUGAGGUCACUCGACAAGUGGGAAUUGUAGAGGGCUUGCAGAACUUUGGUCUGAGCAGCAUCCUUACCACCUACAUCAGAGGUCUUGAGAGUGACGGGGUAGAGUGGGGCUCUGAGCUGAGAGAGCUCCGUUUCCAGGCAGCCUGGAGGAAUACGCAGUGGGACUGUGACCUUUCAGAGGGUGAGAAAUCCAAACCUGGCUUCAAUGAAUCUCUGUUUUGUGCACUGCAAGCCUUGAGGGACAAAGAAUUCUCCAUAUUUGAUGAAACUCUGACACAGGCCAGAUGUGCAGAGGUGGAAGAGCUGUGCAGAGGCAGUCUAGAGGCUGUGUCCUCUCUGUACCCGGCCCUCAGGAAUCUCCAGAGCAUAAGGGAACUGGAGAGUGUCAAGCAGCUUUUCUCCAGGCCCUUCUCAGAGGUGACCCUGAGGGAUGUGUGCAGUCAGUGGAAGCAGCAUUCCAAGCUGUUGUCCAACAGUGACUUUUCUUUUUUGGAGCCCAUUCUGGCUAUCCGUUCAGUAGCACUACUCACCUUGAUGUCCAGGUUGGAAGACUCUGACAGCACCACGUACCUCAGCUCUAUACUCACUGAUCACCUCAUGGAGCUUUGUCGACUGGCUCGAAAAGCUGGGAAUACACAGUUGGCAGAGCGGGCAGUCUUCCAAAUGAAGCAACACUGUACCAGAGGGUCCUCAGUGUCAUCCACUGUGUCGUCAUGGCAACUGGAGGAGGCCCAAGUGUUCUGGGCAAAGAGAGAACAGGGACUGGCCCUGGGCUUGCUGAGGCAGAUGAUACACAACCUGGAGGAGCAGGUGGACUUUAAUCCUGCUCUGGCUCCUGUCUACACUGAGUGCCUCAGGCUGUGUGGUACCUGGCUGGCUGAGACCUGCCUAGAAAGUCCUGGAGUUAUACUGGAAAAGUACCUGGAGAGGGCGGCGGAGGUGAUCGAGAGUGAAUCUGGAAUGCAAGACUCCAGGCUGCAAAGCCAACGCACUGAAGCCUUCCUGUUUCUGGCUCGCUUCUCAGACGCUCAGUACCAGAGCAUCGACAAGUACAUGAAGUCCUCUGAGUUUGAGAACAAACAAGCCUUGCUUCAGAAUGCCAAAGAAGAAGUGGACUUAAUGAGGGAGCAGAAAGUGACAUCUAACAGAUACACAGUAAAGGUUCAGCGAGAGCUAGAGCUGGAUGAGAAGGCCCUCUCCAACCUGCAGGCAGACAGACAGCGUUUUCUUUGCAAGGCAGUGGAAAAUUACAUUGAGUGUUUGGCACAAGGUGAAGAACACGACACUUGGGUGUUCCGCCUGGCUUCACUUUGGCUGGAGAAUGCAGAUGUUAAGCCUGUAAAUAACAUGAUGAAGAAAGGGGUGAAGCAGAUUCCUUCCUACAAGUUCCUGCCUCUGAUGUAUCAGCUUGCGGCACGCAUGGGAACCAAGCUGGCACCUGAUGUGGCUGAGGGUGUGGCUUUCAGUGAUGUCCUUAAUGAACUCAUCCUCAGGUCAUCUCUGGAGCACCCACACCAUACCCUUUUCAUCAUCUUUGCCCUGGUGAACGCUAACAAAGACGAGGACAUUUGCAGAACCCGGCCGUCGAAGAGCACUCCUCGCCAGCCCACACAGUUAGACCUGGAACGUUCAGAUGUGGCACAGAAGAUCAUUAGUGCAAUCAGAAAAAAGAGAGGCCAGAUGAUCCGAGGGAUUGAGCGUCUGUGUGAUGCCUACAUCACUUUGGCCAAUAUGGAUGCCUCAAGACACAAAAAUGAGAAGAAGGCCAUUCCUAUUCCUGCUGAUCAGCCCAUUAUGGAAAUCAAAGACCUGGAUCAGGUUGUUAUCCCCACAGUGGAAAUCAAGGUAGAUCCAUCUGGUAGUUAUGACCAUCUGGUGACUGUCAAGUCUUUCAUGCCCCAAUAUCAUCUGGCUGGAGGAGUCAACCUGCCAAAGAUCAUCGAUUGCAUUGGCUCUGAUGGCAAAAGCAGAAGACAGCUGGUCAAGGGUAAGGAUGACUUGCGACAGGAUGCUGUGAUGCAGCAGGUUUUCAGCAUGUGUUCAAUGCUACUGCAGCGUAACACAGACACUCGCAAGCGGAAACUCAACAUCAGGCGAUACAAGGUGGUGCCUUUCUCCCAGCGUAGUGGCGUUUUGGAGUGGUGUUCUGGCACUAUUCCCAUCGGAGAGUUUCUGACUGAUGUCACUAAAGGAGCCCACAAGCGCUUCCGUCCUCAAGACUGGACUUCCCUCACCUGCCGCAGGAAGAUGAUGGAAGCACAAAGUUUCAGUGAGAAGCUCCAGGCAUACAGCGAAGUGUGCAAGAACUUCAGGCCCGUCUUCAGGUAUUUCUGCAUGGAACGGUUCAUGGAUCCUGCGGUGUGGAUGGAGAAACGGCUGGCUUACACCCGCAGUGUGGCCACCUCCUCUAUUGUUGGAUACAUUGUUGGUCUGGGUGACAGACACAUCCAGAACAUUCUGAUUGAUGAGCAGACUGCUGAGCUAGUACACAUUGAUUUAGGUGUGGCCUUUGAGCAGGGGAAGAUCCUCCCUACCCCGGAGACUGUUCCCUUCAGAUUGUCCAGAGACAUUGUGGACGGAAUGGGCAUUACUGGAGUGGAAGGAGUUUUUAGGAGAUGUUGCGAGAAGACCAUGGAAAUGAUGAGGAGCUCUCAAGAAGCUCUUCUGACGAUUGUACAGGUGCUGCUCUACGACCCUUUGUUCGACUGGACCAUGAACCCUCUGAAGGCCUUCUACUUGCAGCACGAUGAGCAACACGAGCUCAACGCAACUAUCAGCUCUACUCUGGGAGGAGACGAUAUGGACAACAACCGUAAAUCCAGCGACAGUCAGAGUGUCAACAAGGUGGCAGAGCGAGUGCUGCUGCGGCUUCAGGAGAAGCUGAAGGGGGUGGAGGAAGGCACAGUGCUCAGUGUGGGGGGGCAGGUCAACUUGCUAAUCCAGCAGGCCAUGGACUCCAAAAACCUGAGCAGACUGUUCCCAGGCUGGCAGGCCUGGGUGUAGAAGAAGAAACCCAACAAUAGCCAGCAUGCUGGUCUUUGCUUGUGCUGUUACAGAGUCAUGCCAAAGAUAGUGGCCAGCUGAAAAAUAAUGCUGUCUGUCAUGAUGCAUGGAUGCACAAUAUCAGCACUCAAACUGCUCAGACCCAAACAGGCUUUAGUAUAUAAACACUGUGAUCAUUUAGGGUGUCAUACGUCCUUUAACUGUACUUUUUGUCCACCAGUUUAUUCGACCACUUUACCACCAAUUUAUCCUUUUAAAACAUAGUAAUUUCAGAUGUUUUAACACAAUUCGGAAGAUUACUUGGAGCAUUUCUUGUAAAUUACUUGACGAUAUUGUCUUUUGUGUGUGUGUGUGUGUGUGUGUGUGUGUGUGUGUGCGUGCGCGCGUGCACUUGCUUGUUCAUAUGCGGAUCCUGAAUAUUUUUAUGAAAGGACAAGAAUCGGCCCCUAGUUUUGAUGUAGAGACUGGUGAGUCACAUUAUUGGUGUUGAAUGUGUGAAAGGGAUCAGUUAUUGUUAAAUCAAUACUCAAAUCUGUUUUUAUGUGGAUCAAAUACUGCACGUAUAAUGAAUGUAGGCACACCUAUAAGCAAAGUGCACUCGAAAUGCCAUUGAAUGUCUUUUGUUUGAUAUUUUUUCCUUUGAGUCCUUUCUGAUAUGAGUUGCUUUCUUACUUGUAGCUUUCAGCUGUUAAUAUUUUGUAAGAUUUAUAGAUUAGUUUGGGGACACAGAGUUGGAUGACGGUUGUACAGUUUUCAGCUUCAUCCUGUUUUGUAUUUUUUACUAGUUUGGAUAUUUUAACUGAUUGCUGUGUCACUAAAUAAAAAUUAUAGUUGUACAAAUC